AGUGCAAGAACUGCGUAUUCUCGAACGCAGGCAGCUAGUGUCAGAAGGAAAGGUGGCCGCGGUCGGUGGUGGUUGUGGGUGGUUUCUGGGCGGUUUCUGAGCGUACGUGUCCCACCUUCGCCACCUUCCUUUGGUUCCCGCGAUGCCGAUGUACCAGGUAAAGCCCUAUCACGGGGGCGGCGCGCCGCUGCGUGUAGAGCUUCCUACCUGCAUGUACAGGCUCCCCAACGUGCACUGCAGGACCAGCAGCCCCGAGCCCGACGCGGGCCACGUGCAGGAAGCAUUAGACCCCUCUCUUCAAGCUCUUGAGUCUCGCCAAGAUGAUAUUUUAAAACGUUUAUACGAGUUGAAAGCUGCCGUUGAUGGUCUCUCCAAGAUGAUUCACACCCCUGAUGCAGAUGUGGAUGUAACCAACAUCAUCCAAGCGGAUGAGCCCACUCCUCUGAUGACCAGUGCGUUGGACUUGAAUUCAGUGCUUGGAAAGGAUUAUGGGGCACUGAAAGACAUUGUGAUCAACGCAAACCCGGCCUCGCCUCCCCUCUCCCUGCUCGUGCUGCACAGGCUGCUCUGUGAACGCUACAGGGUCCUGUCCACGGUCCACACGCAUUCAUCAGUCAAGCGUGUGCCCGAGAGCCUGCUCAAGUGCUUUGGGGAACAGACUAGGAAACAGGCCCGUCAUGAGUAUCAGCUGGGCUUUACCUUAAUCUGGAAGAACGUGCCCAAGACUCAGAUGAAGUUCAGUGUCCAGACGAUGUGCCCCAUCGAAGGAGAAGGGAACAUUGCACGUUUCUUGUUCUCUCUGUUUGGCCAGAAGCACAAUGCUGUGACCUUAACCCUCAUAGAUAGCUGGGUAGAUAUCGCUAUUUUUCAGCUAAAAGAGGGAAGUAAUAAAGAAAAAGCAGCUGUUUUCCGCUCCAUGAACUCUGCUCUGGGGAAGAGCCCAUGGCUGGUCGGGAACGAGCUCACCGUGGCGGAUGUGGUGCUCUGGUCUGUGCUCCAGCAGACCGGGGGCUGCGGCAUGGCAGCCCCUGCCAACGUGCAGCGAUGGCUGAGGUCAUGUGAAAACUUGGCCCCUUUCAACACUGCCCUCAAGCUACUAAAGUGAAUUUCAGUAAUUGGUUUUAAAGGGUUUGGUUUUAAGAAUGAUGCUGCCUCAUGCCUACUGUCAGUAAAGAGACUCAAAAACAGAAUCAGUCUUUUUAUUUAGGCCAGUUGUCAAGUAUCAAUAAAAUCAUCAUAUAAUU